AUGAAAGGCCUGCUGUCAAGAUGCAGAGCACUGUCCGUCCUGGCCAUCUGCAGCCACCAGCUCUCUGGGUCCGGUCCUCACAGGUUUUACCACUGUGACCCUGAGAGAGGGAAGCGCUUGGUGCUGUCUCGCAUGUUCCAGCCCCAGAACCUUCGGGAAGACCAGGUGCUCUCUCUCGAGGGCACAUCUGGCGACCUGACCUGUAAGAGCCAGAGGCUGAUGCUGCAGGUGGGCCUGAUCCACCCAGCAAGCCCCGGCUGUUACCACCUCCUGCCUUACACUGUGCGAGCCAUGGAGAAGCUUGAGCGGGUGAUAGACCAGGAGAUGCGGGCCAUCGGGGGGCAGAAGGUCAACAUGCCCAGCCUCAGUCCAGGGGAGCUCUGGCGAGCCACCAACCGGUGGGACCUCAUGGGCAAGGAGCUGCUAAGACUUAGAGACAGACACGGCAAGGAAUACUGCUUGGGACCCACUCACGAGGAAGCUGUCACAGCCCUGGUCGCCUCCCAGAAGACAGUGUCCUACAAGCAGCUCCCGUUCCUGCUGUACCAGGUGACAAGGAAGUUUCGGGACGAGCCCAGGCCCCGCUUCGGUCUUCUCCGCGGCCGGGAGUUUUACAUGAAGGACAUGUACAGCUUCGACUCCUCCCCAGAGGCUGCCCAGCACACCUACGGCCUGGUGUGCGAGGCCUACGGCAGCCUGUUCCGCAGGCUGGGGCUGCGGUGCAUCAGGGUCCGGGCGGACGUGGGCAGCAUCGGGGGCACUGCGUCUCACGAGUUCCAGCUGCCGGCUGACAUCGGGGAGGACCGGUUUGCUGUCUGUUCUGGCUGCGGCUUCUCGGCCAACACGGAGACACUGCGCUGGCUGCAGACUGACUGCCCGGCCUGCCGGGGCCCACUAACUGAGGCCAGAGGCAUCGAGGUGGGGCACACAUUUUACCUGGGCACCAAGUACUCCUCCAUUUUCAAUGCCCAGUUCAUUGAUGCCCAGGGCAAGCCGUGCCUGGCCGAGAUGGGCUGCUACGGCCUAGGCGUGACGCGGAUACUGGCCGCUGCCAUUGAAGUGCUGUCCACGGAGGACUGCAUUCGCUGGCCCGGCCUCCUGGCGCCUUACCAGGUGUGCCUCAUCCCCCCGAAGAAGGGCAGUAAGGAGGAGGUGGCCGCCGAGCUCAUGGACCACCUGUAUGACUUCAUCAUGGAGGCCCUGCCGCAGCUCCGUGGGGAGGUCCUGCUCGAUGACAGGACCCAUCGGACCAUUGGAAACAGACUAAAAGACGCCAACAAGUUUGGCUACCCCUUUGUGAUCAUCGCGGGCAAGAGGGCCCUGGAGGACCCGGCACAUUUUGAAGUUUGGAGCCAGAACACCGGUGAGGUGGUCUUCCUCACCAGAGAGGGAGUCACGGAAUUUCUGAGCCAAGUGCAGGUUGUCUGA